AUCCUUUUCUCUCCUCUUUCUUUUCGUUUGACAAUAUGACAUGCUCAAAGUUAUUUUCAGGAGAUUUACCUGAAUUAUUAGACAAAGUUAUACGAUAUUUUCAUUAUGAUUAUAAAACAUUACAUUCAUGUAUAUUGGUUAAUAGAUUCUGGGUUCGUAUAGCGAUCCCAUUAUUAUGGGAAGAUCCUUUUUCAAAGAAAUUUCCUAAAAAUUAUCGUUUUAUCGAAAUUUAUUUGCAUUAUUUGAAUGAUAAUGAUAAAGCAAAAUUAAAUGAUUAUGAAAUUGAUUAUCAUUUAUUUUCAUCAAAUACAUUAUUUAAUUAUUCUAGAUUCAUUCAACGUUUAGAUACAAGUAAAGUUCGUAAAUCUAUUGAAAGAUGGACUAAAGCCGUUGGUAGUAGUACUCUUAUAACCUCCAUACGAAAUAGAAAUUUACCGUCAAACUUUACAAAAUUAAUGUUUAAAUCAUUAUUUCUAAUAUUCAUUGAAAACGAAGUCAAUUUACAUUGUUUUGAAGUUAAAAUAUUUAAUAAUCCUGAUAUGAUAUAUUUUGAUUUGAUUAUUGAAUUAAUUUUACAAAACCCGAAUUUCAUUAAUAAUAUUAAAAGUUUAACAUUUUAUUUUGAUAUCAUAAUAAAUAAUAACAUAAUAAAAUUUAUUAGAUUUCUCGAUUCUACUAAUUAUUGUAAUCCAAUUUCAUCACUUUAUUUAAAAUUUCAUAAUUCAACAAUUAAAAAAAUUUCAUUACAAAUAAUUAAAUCUCAAAAAAAUAUUAAAAAAAUUUCAUUUGACUGUAAUGGUCGAUUCUUGGACAAUUUAGUAUUGUUAUCAUUAAAAAAUACUAAUUGUUCAAAUACAUUAAAUUCAAUUAUAUUUUAUUUCGUUGAUUUUGAAAAAAUAGAUGUUUUAAGUGAAGUAUUUAAUUAUUUGAAUGUUUUAGAAUCAAUUCAUAUUAUUUAUUGUGAUAGUAUAGAUUAUAAAUUUACUCAACAAAUUAAUAAUAUUAUUAAACCAUUUAAAUUGAAAUCUUUAUUUUUGGAUUUAAUGGAUGAAAACGAUGAAUUAUUAGAGCCAUUAAUAGAAAAGUCUGGCGAUUAUUUAGAAAAUCUUGGAUUUAUUUACAGUAGAUCAAGAUCACAAAGAUUACUACAAUUAAUUAUAAAGUAUUGUAGCAAAAUUAAAUGUUUGGUUCCUACUUGGCCGAAUAGUCAGAGUAUUCAUUUAGUAUUCAACUUAAUUGAACUUAUUAAUCAAAAUCUUAAUUAUCUUUUUAUUGAUCCCUUUGUUAUUAGCUAUAAUGAUCAUUAUUAUGAUGCUAGUUCAAUUAUAUUACGAAAUUUAGGACAAAUUCUUCCCGUUAGAUUGGAAUAUUUGGAUUUAAUUCUUAGAAUUAAUACAAAUGAUUUAGAAAUAUUCUUAAGAAAUUUACAAAAUAAUUUUAUUAAAAAAUUGUUAAUUAAUGGAAUAAAGGAAAAAGAAGGUCAAGAUAUUUUCCCAUAUAUAAAAGAAUUUAUUGUGGAAAAGAAACGAGUUAAAUAUUUGGCUAUUAAAGAAACGUUUCAUUAUGAAGAAAAUGAUUGGUUUUUCCAGAAGGACAAAGUAGAGGAAAUUGAAUUAUAUGAUAUUCAAGUUUUAAAAUAUAAAGAUUUGUUUAUUGAUAUUAAUGAUUUUAUAAAAGAAACUUAUUAA